AGUUGUUAGGAGAGACCAUUGGGGAUAGGAAAGAUGAAAGGUCAUGGUGAGCUUCAAGGACAUGAAAGGUUGUUGUCUCAUGUAACAAUGGUAGAUUGUUUUUUUCUAAUAUUUCUAGCCAGCCCCUAAGUCAGGUGAUGGAACAAAUACCUACAGUUUAGUCAGGUGAAACAGGAGGGGGUGGAGAAACGAAAGAAGAAAAACGGGAAGAAUGUCUUCCAAGCAAGCCACCUCUCCAUUUGCCUGUGCAGCGGAUGGAGAGGAAGCGAUGACCCAGGAUUUGACCUCAAGGGAAAAGGAAGAGGGCAGUGAUCAACAUAUGGCCUCCCAUCUGCCUCUGCACCCCAUAAUGCACAACAAACCUCACUCUGAGGAGCUACCAACACUUGUCAAUACCAUUCAACAAGAUGCUGACUGGGACAGUGUUCUGUCAUCUCAGCAAAGAAUGGAAUCAGAGAAUAAUAAGUUAUGCCCCCUAUAUUCCUUCCGAAAUACCUCUACCUCACCACAUAAGCCUGACGAAGGGAGUCGGGACCGCGAGAUAAUGACCAGUGUUACUUUUGGAACCCCAGAACGCCGCAAAGGGAGCCUUGCCGAUGUGGUGGACACACUGAAACAGAAGAAGCUUGAGGAAAUGACUCGGACUGAACAAGAGGAUUCCUCCUGCAUGGAAAAACUACUUUCAAAAGAUUGGAAGGAAAAAAUGGAAAGACUAAAUACCAGUGAACUUCUUGGAGAAAUUAAAGGUACACCUGAGAGCCUGGCAGAAAAAGAACGGCAGCUCUCCACCAUGAUUACCCAGCUGAUCAGUUUACGGGAGCAACUCCUGGCAGCGCAUGAUGAACAGAAAAAACUGGCAGCCUCACAAAUUGAGAAACAACGGCAGCAAAUGGACCUUGCUCGCCAACAGCAAGAACAGAUUGCAAGACAACAGCAGCAACUUCUGCAACAGCAGCACAAAAUUAAUCUCCUGCAGCAACAGAUCCAGGUUCAGGGUCACAUGCCUCCGCUCAUGAUCCCAAUUUUUCCACAUGACCAGCGGACCCUGGCAGCAGCUGCUGCUGCCCAACAGGGAUUCCUCUUCCCCCCUGGAAUAACAUACAAACCAGGUGAUAACUACCCCGUACAGUUCAUUCCAUCAACAAUGGCAGCUGCUGCUGCUUCUGGACUCAGCCCUUUACAGCUCCAGCAGCUCUACGCCGCUCAGCUGGCCAGCAUGCAGGUGUCACCUGGAGCAAAGAUGCCAUCAACUCCACAGCCACCAAACACAGCAGGGACGGUCUCACCUACUGGGAUAAAAAAUGAAAAGAGAGGGACCAGCCCUGUAACUCAAGUUAAGGAUGAAGCAGCAGCACAGCCUCUGAAUCUCUCAUCCCGACCCAAGACAGCAGAGCCUGUAAAGUCCCCAACAUCUCCUACCCAGAGCCUCUUCCCAGCCAGCAAAACCAGCCCUGUCACUCUGCCAAACAAAAGCAGCAUCCCUAGCCCCAUUGGAGGAAGCCUGGGAAGAGGAUCCUCUUUAGGUAAAUGGAAAAGUCAACACCAGGGAGAGAUUUAUGAAUUAGAUAUCCUGUCCAGUCUCAACUCCCCUGCCCUGUUUGGGGAUCAGGAUACAGUGAUGAAAGCCAUUCAGGAGGCUCGGAAGAUGCGAGAACAGAUCCAACGGGAGCAACAGCAGCAACAGCCACAUGGUGUUGAUGGGAAACUGUCCUCCAUGAAUAAUAUGGGGCUGAACAACUGCAGGAAUGAAAAGGAAAGAACGCGCUUUGAGAAUUUGGGGUCCCAAUUAACAGGAAAGUCAAGUGAAGAUGGAAAGCUGGGCCCAGGUGUCAUCGAUCUUACGCGGCCAGAAGAUGCGGAGGGAAAUAAAGCAAUGAAUGGCUCUGCAGCUAAACUACAGCAGUAUUAUUGUUGGCCAACAGGAGGUGCCACUGUGGCUGAAGCACGAGUCUACAGGGAUGCCCGCGGCCGUGCCAGCAGCGAGCCACACAUCAAGCGACCAAUGAACGCAUUCAUGGUUUGGGCGAAGGAUGAGAGGAGGAAAAUCCUUCAGGCCUUCCCCGACAUGCAUAACUCCAACAUUAGCAAAAUCUUAGGAUCUCGCUGGAAAUCCAUGUCCAACCAGGAGAAGCAACCUUAUUAUGAAGAGCAGGCCCGGCUAAGCAAGAUCCACUUAGAGAAGUACCCAAACUAUAAAUACAAACCCCGACCGAAACGCACCUGCAUUGUCGAUGGCAAAAAGCUCCGCAUUGGGGAGUAUAAGCAACUGAUGAGGUCUCGGAGACAGGAGAUGAGGCAGUUCUUUACCGUGGGGCAACAGCCUCAGAUUCCAAUCACCACAGGAACAGGUGUUGUGUAUCCUGGUGCUAUCACUAUGGCAACUACCACACCAUCGCCUCAGAUGACAUCUGACUGCUCUAGCACCUCAGCCAGCCCAGAGCCCAGCCUCCCUGUCAUCCAGAGCACUUAUGGUAUGAAGACAGACGGCGGAAGCCUAGCUGGAAAUGAAAUGAUUAAUGGAGAGGAUGAAAUGGAAAUGUAUGACGACUAUGAAGAUGACCCCAAAUCAGACUAUAGCAGUGAAAAUGAGGCCCCAGAGGCUGUCAGUGCCAACUGAGGAGUUUUUCUUUGCUGAAUUAACAUACUCUGACAUUUCACCCCACCCCCAACAAAAAGUUCUUAAGGAGCCCGCAUGCAUUUGUGGCUCCACAAUUACAUCAGCAGAAUGGUCUUAAUUGUUUCAUAAAGUGUGAGACAGAUUAAGUUUUCCCUGAUUUUUUUCAUGAACUUGAGUUUUUUGUCGUUGUUGUUGUUGUUGUUUUUUAAUUUAGGUGAAGACAUAUUAAAUAUGAGACACCAGGACUUGAAAACUUAUCUCAACCCAUAGCUGUCUUACAAGUCUUAUAUUUUUGUCUUACUUUUUUUUUCUUUUGGAUGUUGAUAAAGGUUUAAGUUACUGUUUUAGAUGGGGUUAAACAUUCUCACUCAGGUAUGCUGUGCCGGCCUACAGGUUGUGAAUGUGUUUUUAUUCUGAAUUAUUUUAGAAAACAACUGAGGAUUUCAUAUCGUGAAACAGAACAAGUCCACAGUGUGUGCAGCUUCAUGUAGAGCAUAUUCAAAAGGCCUCGGAAUUCCAUUUUUCCACGUGUAGAGUUAAACUUUGAAUGUGCCAAACUUUUUCAUAACUUUUGAAUCUUAAUAUUUUGGAAGUCUUAAAGGAGACACUGCAAAGUCUUAGACAAUCUUUGGCAUCUGAAAAUAAAAUAGCAAACCAACUUUUUUUUCAGAAAAUGGUAAAGUACUCAGGAAUCUGGAGACAAGAUAUUGUAAGGAAUGAACAAGGUUGCCACAGUGCAUGUACCCAAUUGUGUUUGCCUCUUGACGUGCCAUCAGUGUGUGACGUGAUAUGACAUACACACACCAGAGCGAUCACCACACCAGAUACCGACACGGUGGUCUUCUCUGCAGGAGACCACCUCUCACUACAUCCAUUAUCCCUUUGCCUUUAACCCUGACAUUCAGUCUUAACACAUUUUCUCUUAAAUAAUUUAUUCAUUCCAGAAUGUCAAGGGUCCACUUACUAUUUAUUUUUUAAAAAAUUGUUGGUGGCAUUAAUUUAAUAAUUCUUGUUUUUCACCGUCCUUCCCCAAAGAACUUUUUAGCCCUUUUCACCUCCUUCUCCUGCUAGAUACAAAAGAUGUACAUAGUAAUUUUAUGGCCCCAGAGCAUCUGGAAGCAUUUCUGAAACCAUGAUACUAUUAAAUACCUGUAUUAUGGUUUUUAAAUAUGAGUGUAUAUCUGGCUGCAGGGCUGUGUAUUUGGAUAUAGGUGUGUAGUCUUACACGUAAACAAGUAUGCCCCUGAGGGUUCAUUGUGACCUCAAGUAUUUUGCCAGAAUUUCCCCCUAAUUCAGUUCAGCACGAGUGGUAGGGUCUGCAUCAGUGGCAUCUCCCCCUGAAUUCCAUUCAGCGGUGAGGAUCGGCAGUGGUGACUGCCAGGCAGGAGAGUCCUGCAGCCAAACCUGAAGCCCAAGGUUUGUGGGCCAUGUAUGAGCCUACGGUGAAGCUGUCAUGGGCUGGCACCUUUACACUGAGUUGCCUUGUCCCAGCUGGCAUAUCCAGGGAGUUCUUUGCAAAAUCCCCAGGAUGCAAGAGGCCACAUGACAGCCUCAGAGCAUAGAGGCAAAUAGUCAUAAUAAAUCCAGAGAAUGGAAGAAAACCAUAGGGAAGGAGAAGGGGGUGGGAAAUACAUUCCCUAUAUAGGAUGUUCCUACUGUUAACUCUGGGGAACAGAUAGCUCCUGGGGUGGCAGACAAGUUCCUCUGGCUGACUUCCUGUAUCUGUGGCUGCAUGGGGACAUGCCUAUGUGUGAACAAGAUGAACUGCACUAGUCACACCAGGGUUUCUCUGGUGAUGUGCUGCUGGGCUGGGAGGCAGUGAGCUUUCAUUCCCCGUCUCCUAACCACAGGGAGCUCUGCCAUCCCACUUUGACCUUCCUGAAACCAGGACUGGUUGCCUAUGGGGGUUUCACCAAGAGUGGCUCAAGGGGAGAAUGUCAGUGAAUGGGACAGUUCACCUCACGGGACAACCCAGAAUCUCAUCACCAGGACAUAGGAACCCAGCCCCAUCAGAUUUCUUGAGCCAUUUUGUCACUUGGAAGAAAAUAGUGUACCUUCAUAUUUAUUUAAAGAGUGCUCAAGGCCAUACCUAAUAGCAAUAAAUAGGUCUAGCCAAGAUAUUACCACCCAUGCUGUUAGCUGGAGUGCUCUCUAUAAGCUGAUUAAGGUACUGAUAGGAAUGUUUUGUUCUUAAUAUUGGUUGGGGAUUAGAACUUUGUUUUUGUACAUUUAUUUCAGACGAGGAGGAGGUCAUUUUUCUAAAAAAAAGUAUUUAUUAUUGUCUUACUGAUUUCUUUGAUUAUAUACCUCUCCUCCUCAGUUCAUUCUCGUAUUUUUUCUGUUUCUCUUUGGCUUUUGCUUUCGCUCCCUCGCCUUUUUUAUUUUGUUGCAUAGGUAGAGUGUUGUAUGGCUAGCUUUGUAUUGUAUGUAAUUAAUUUUGCACAAAGGCAAACAUUUAGCAUAGUAGGUUAAUUUUGUUUGUUUUUAUGACCAUGCCAAAAUGAUAUUCUGGGCUGGUGGAGAACAAAGGACUGUUCUUUAGGACUGAAACUUGAUUUUGCUCGUAGUAAGAAAAAAAAAAACAAAAAACACACACACUCACAGAUGUUGUUUCGUAAGUGUUAUAAGCACUGGAUAUAAAUGGUAUUUUUUAUCACUUCUGACUAAUGUGAAACUGUUGUACGAAAACUACAUGAACAAAAGUCAUCUGUUUCGACUCGUGUGGGCUUGCCUCACAGUUGCCGGAUUUGAGUCAUUUUUAUGUCUUGUUAUUUCAUUUAUUUAUGCAAAAUACAUGUGUGUAUGAACACUUUGUUUUAGCUCCAGCUCUGCCUCAGUACUGGGGUUCAGUUACUUCUAGCCAUGUUCUUAAAAAUGAAAAGCUAUUCAGGAACGAUCUGAUUGUAAACAUCUCUUUCAUUGGAUCAAGCAGUGAUGCUGUAUUUGAAUCUAAAUUUUGCAUAUAAGCAGUUUAUUCUAUUUAUUAGCCAAGUUUGGCUCUAAAUAUCCAUGGAAAUUAAGAAUGACAAUCAUAGGGAUCACUUCAUUUUACUUUAAGUGGGGCUUAAACAAAGUUUUUAUGACUUUACCAUCUCAUUUUAGAUUUUUUAAUUGUGUAAAUAUAACAUAGAAAUAGAAUUUAUUUUUGGUUCAUGAAUACUUAGUGAGAUAUAAGUUAUGUAUUUCCUUUUUGUUCUCUAUCCAUAUAUGUUGGUCCAAACUAGAUGUUGAUGAGUCCCUGUACCUCAUGGGGAUAGUGAAUUUUCAGCUACAGUGAGAGAGCAGUGUUUGACCUGUCACUGGGACAGCAAAAUGCUUCACUGGGGUUCUCACGCAGUUCAGAACCCACUGUCCACAGACUCAGACUUUUCCCUUUAUUUCUUGUAGAAAGUUGAUGAAUUGAACAUACUAAAUUUCCAGUACAGUUAGGAGAGAGUCAAUUUGCUUUGUGAAUCCACAUAAAUCUUCUAAGCUAGUUCUGUGACCAUUUAAUAGCACAAAGCAUGAAUACCAUUGUAAAGGAAAAAGUCUGCCUCUGAGAUUGGCCAUUAACAAAAGUCCCGCCAUGCCAGUUAAAGAAUGUUGAGCAACUUCUUUUCAAUGCUCCCUACUUCAUAGUAUAUAAAUGUUACCUUCACUUUGUUAAAGAAAUUACAGCAUCAGGGUUUUCCUUGUCACUUAGAAUAGGGACACUGGCAGACGAUCCUCUCCUAAAAUAAUGGGCCAUAUGGAAUAGGAAGGAAAGAAAGAAAGGAAAGAAGGAAGAAAGAGAGGGAAGGGAGGGAGAGAAAGAAAAGGCUGGUCUGCGGACACGAGCAGCCAGACUGUCAUUUUCUCUAUUUCAUUGGCAGAUGUGAGGCAGUGUCUUUUUCCAGGAAGGUACGGAAGCUUUGUUGUUUUCACACGUAUCCAGCUCAACCUUUCAGGAGCACAUCAGUUUGCUUCAUUUGGUAUUUGAUACUCUCCAGCCUUGUUCUCAGGCCUGAUUUGAUUUGCCAGGGUCCAGACACCAACUCCCAGGCCAAGUUCUAAAUUCAGAUUUGGGUUCACAGUGCUAUUGAGCUUGUCAAAUUCUGGCCUCCCCGGAACAUUAGCCCCACAGAAGCCUAGGGGUGUUUGAAAAGGGUGGGAUCACUCUAGGGCCGCAAUUAAAGGCUGCUUUCUUUUCCUUAAGCUAGGCUACUUCUUCGCAGCACACCCUCCUGAGCCAGGAGCACAGGCGCUAGCUGAAAGCAGGGAUUGUUUGGGGGAAGCCCGUCUACCUUCAGAAGGAAAGCAGCCUGGUCACUUGAAUACCACAGCUGAGGCUGCUUCUCUCAAUUUACUCAUUUUGCAAAGAGUUGACCUCUACCAACUCAUCUGGGAAAGCAAAAAGAAUCACUUAGUAGUUUUAAAUCUUAUGAGAAGUCCUGUACCAAGUGCCCACAACUGCAAAGAAAUGCAGCUAAAGGAAUGUAUUGAAAUUAUUACUGAGUCUUCCUUUUUAAUGAGAAAACGACAAAGAUCGUUUCUGUAGCCUUGUCCAAUUUUGUGCAUGUUCAUCUAAGGAUCGAGCUGGCACUUGAGCUCUCUUCUCAAAGUAUAAUAACGUUGUAUGACCUCAUCUGCCCCUUUACAAAAGCACUUGCAUCAUUUCCGUAAGUCAUCUGCUCCUGACAUGUUUUCUUCCUUAAUAAACAACUUCUAUCUGUUA